GCAGCGGUUGGCGGUUGCCCGGGCGGUUUUUCUGCACUCGGUGUGAGGCGGCUGCGCGGGUCGGCGGCGAUUUUGCAGUGCACAGGUGUGAUUCGGUCUCUUCUCAAUGUCGACAAGGCGGUGGUGCCUGCGGUCCCGACGGAAAUAAAACCCGCCGCCCAGCCAGCGCCGCCCAGCUGCGCCGCGUGCCGACGCCGCGCGACUGUCCGCCGCGACCCAGCGCUGCGACCGGGCCGGAUCGGGCCGGAGCAUGGCUAGUGAGUCGGCGGGCCUGCAGGCGGCCGUCGGCGAGGGCUCGCAGCCGCUGCCGGCGCACCGCGCCUGGUACGAGGCUCAGCGCUCGAUGGACGCCGGCGGCGCCAUCCCGCCCGAGGACAUGGAGAUGUUCUUCCCGUCGAUCGACGGCUCGACCGGCCGCGGCCGAUACUACGGCGCGUCGCACUCGGCGGCGGCGUACCCGGCGCACACGGCCGACUGGACCACGCGGAUGUCGGCGGCCGGCGGUCAGAUGUACCGCUCGCACCUGCCCACCUACCCGUGGAUCGGCGACAAGGCCAUGAUGCCGCCGUCGGCCGCCGCCUGGUGCUCGCCGUUCGGCAAGACGCAGAGCCCGGCUAUCCCCACCUCGAUCGCGCACUCGAGUCCGCACCUCUUCCACUUCCCGCCGACGCCGCCCAAGGACGGCACGCCCGAGACGUCGGCGGCGGCGACGGCCGCCUCCUCCAGCAUGGCGUCGGCAUCGGCGUCGGCGGCGGCCGUGGCGGCGGCGGCGGCCGUGGCCGGCAUGUCUGGCGAGUACGGCCAGCACCCCUGCGGCCAGCUGCUGGCGGCGCCCGACGGGCUGGACAUCAAGCCGCCGCUUAUCCACGGCCUGCCGAAGCAGCGCGAAGGUAGCGGAACGCCGGCAGAGCUGGCCGCCGCCGGGCCGUACCAGUACCCGGCGGCCUCUGCGGCGGCCGAGUACGCGCCGGCCGCCGCCGCCGGGUACAGCUUCCACCCCAGUGCGUUCGUCUCCAAAAGCGUGUCGCCGCGGCCCAAGGCGAAGGCGCGGUCGUCGGCGGAGGGUCGCGAGUGUGUCAACUGCGGCGCGACAUCGACCCCGCUCUGGCGGCGCGACGGCAACGGCCACUACCUCUGCAACGCCUGCGGACUCUACUACAAGAUGAACGGCCAGAACCGGCCGCUGAUCAAGCCCAAGCAGCGCAUGUCGGCUGCCCGAAGAGCCGGGACGUCGUGCUCCAACUGCAAGACGUCGACGACGACGCUGUGGCGGCGCAACGGACAGGGCGAGCCCGUGUGCAACGCUUGCGGCCUCUACUACAAACUGCACAACGUGAACCGGCCGAUCACCAUGAAGAAGGACGGCAUCCAGACGCGGAACCGCAAGCUGUCGUCCAAGUCGAAGAAGAAGAAGGGCUUCACGGGCUUCGAGAGCAUGAUGCGGCCGCUGGACAAGGCCGGCUUCGGCUUCCCCGGCUCCAACUUCGGCGCCGGCAUGUCACCCUACAUGGCCUACCAGAACAACAUGCAGUCGAUGGGGCCGGGCGGCUUCGUCUCGCCGCAGAUGGGCAUGGGCGGCAUGGGCGCCCUCGGCAUGGGCAACCUGGCCAUCUCGUCCGCACCCGGCGCCAUGGGCUGGCGAACCGAUUACAGUUGAUACGACUGCACGGGGCGACAGCAGUGUACAAACUGGCCGGAGGGCGGCGGCGGCGGCGGCGGCGGCGGCGCCGCGACGCUGACCGCAGCGACCGGCCGCGUCGCGCACGACACAGGGUUUGAGGCGGCUGGUGCGUCCGUGUUGGAUGGCUCCGUGUAAGAAGGCGACGCGCCCGACCGCCGGUGUCGCUAUACGAGUCUAAGUCUUUCAACGUGGACUCCAUACGCCGCCGGCAUCCGCACGGUGGCGCCCUCGGCCGCGGCCGGCACGGAUCAAGAGGUCAAGGUCGCUCGCGCCCCGGGGGCACUGGCGCCGCCGGCUCUCGAGCUAGGCAGGCCCGGGGUAGGCGCCGAAUAUUCGAUGUGAUAUCCGUGUACUUCGCCAACCUUCGUGUAAAUACCUAAUGAUCUCUUCGUAGCUGUACGCGCUAAAAUACUUAUAGUCUCGACCUAACAGCGUUGCACUUGACCCAAACGAGGUCAGUACCUAUGAUUAAUAUGGACGUAGAUUAAGUGUUAACAAGGCGCGUGCUGCUCACUGCUUGGAAGGAUUUGUAUUUUGUGACGAUAGUCUACGUUGACUGUGUCCGCGUGGUGCCUCGCCGAGAACACAUCUCUUGCGUUAUUUUGAACCGGUCAGCACACUACUCACCAGGCCUGCACUAUGCCCCCGCGUGGGUCUGCACCCAUGGGUGGAAGCCGUUCAGUCUAGCGGAUAACGCGCGUUGCAUUGGCCCGUCAUUUUGUAUCCACGAUGGUGGCUAAUGUCGAAGGAACACCGCUUAGUUCAGUCAGUCGCGAAGUCAACCCAGCGCGGCGAUGCAUGGUCGUCGCGCCGCCGACCGCGGCCGGCGGCGCGCCACACUCUAGUUUUGUAACGCCUGUUGGGGAGCCGUGCCAACCGAGCCAGGCGCCGCACCGCGGCGGGGCCCCGUCACAUCACGCGGAACUGUGCAAUCAUGUAAAUAAGUGUCCCCCAUUGUGUGUCGUUCGAUGCCAAAUAAACCACAAACACCCA